GCUAAACCUGAGGGAGAAGUACAUUCAGCGCUCAGCGUAGAUAAAGCGGAGCCAGCAGUUUAGAGAACAGUAAAAACAGGGUAAAACGGACAAACACGCAAUGGAGAAACUCGAAGACUUCGAAAGUUUUCUGAAGAAUGUUGAUAAAAUAAGUCAGCUGGUGGGGGACCUGAGGUCUUCUGAUGCUGAAGUCCAGCAAAAUGCAAUGGAAAAAGCUGAUCGCUACAUUGCUUCAUUGGCAGAACCCUGCAGAACCAAAAUCGACAAGACUACAAUUAACACAAACCCACCGCCACUCCAGCCUUCCACAGUAAAGACAUGCACACAGUCAACAACUCCACAGAGUGAAACUCCAGAGAAUUUCAUGAAGAUAAUGGAGGUGGAUGCAGAAGAAAGGAGAGUUCGGAAAGCUGCAAAAGUCAAAAAGGCUACUGCAUUCAAGGACAAGGGGAAUGAAGCUUAUGCUCAAGAAGACUAUGAAACUGCGGUGAAGUAUUACAGUGACGGCUUGGCUGAAAUCAGGGACAUGCAACCACUGUAUACAAACCGAGCUCAAGCCUAUAUUAAACUGAGAAAGUACAAAGAGGCCAUCAGUGACUGUGAAUGGGCCCUGAAGUGUAAUGAGAGGUGCAUAAAGGCUUAUCUACACAUGGGCAAAGCAUAUCUGGGAUUGAAGAAAUAUAAGGAGGCAAGAAACUGCUUUGAAAAGGUGCAGGAAAUUCAACCUGGGACAGAAAAGAUGGUGAAAGAAUACCUGACCCAAGUUGAUUUGGAAAAGGAGAAGGAGACUCAGGAGAUAAAGGCAAGCGGAGAGUUUGACAAGGGAGAGAGGAAGGCCACAAUAGUGGUGGAGCUGUUAGAGAAGCUGUCAAACCCCAGUCAGAUUGCUCUCUACUACUGCGGAGGAUUGGAAAUACUGUCACAAGCACUUACUGACUUUACAGGGCAGACCCUUUUCAGGCUGAACAAUGGCUUUAGUAUCAUCAGAAGCAAUGACACGGUGAGGAGUUGCCUGUUGGACCAAACAGAUGAUCCAGAGAGUCGUGAGCUGUGUGUGUCUGUUUUGAAAUUAUGGAGGAUUGUUUGCUGUGGAAAUGAUGAAAACCAGAAGCUGUUGAUGACAUGUCCAGUCGCCACACACUCCAUUGUUCAUUUGGCUUCAUCAGAGCAUGAUGAAGUGGAGAAAGAAUGUCUGGCAUUGCUAUCAGUGUUUUCAGAGAUGCCACGUGGCAGACAUUUGGCCAUUGAGAGCCUUGAUUUGCACAUGUUAGUGAGGAACCUCAUGGUGUGCAUCUCAAAGCCAAAGAAGCAGCAGGAGAACACAGCGGUCAACAUUCUGGAGUACUUUGCAACAGAAAGCAGAUUUUGCAUUCAGUUAAGAAAUGUGUGGACAGACUCCUUCACUCUGCCACUUACAACAAUACUGAGAACUGUCAACAAGUCCAAUCAGCAUGUCGUUCUGUCUCUGAUAUCAACUCUCGGCUAUCUGGCUAGAGAUGAUGUCAUCCGUCACAAGCUUGCUCAUGAACCAGAAUGUUUGAAGGCCUCCGUGGUUGCUAUUAGGAUGUGCAGUGCAUCUGAAUACAGAGAGAUCCUCUACCCUUUACUUGGCUUCAUCAUCAACCUUUCAACUGUCACCUCCCCUGUCACCCAGGAGCAUUCUGUUUCACUCUGUGACUGUUGUAUGGACCUCCUGAGGCAUAGCGAUGGAGGAAUCAUAACUAGAGCCACAGGUGUGCUGAGCACUGUCCUUCCUCAGUCCUCUCAAGCCAUUCAGCAUGUUACCCAAAGGAAAGUGGUCAAGACCAUGUGCAGGCUCCUGAAGGGAACCGGGCAGACUGCCACUAAAUAUGCCAUUAAGACUUUGACAGUGUGCACUGCUGCCAGUCACUUGGCACGGGAGGAGCUGGUGAACUCUGAUAAAAAAUUGUCCAUUUUACGUCAUUUGCUGAGCUCCAGCAGUGAUGAGAUGGUCUCAGGAAAUGCAGCCCUGUGCUUGGCCCACUGUCUUGAGUUGGAGGGAGUUGCCAGCAACCUGCUGGGCACUGAUAUUGUGCUGUUGCUGCUGCGGCACGCUGCAGGUGACGCUAAGAGGACAGCUGUGCAGCAAAAUGCAGCCAUUGCUCUUGGGAAGCUGUGUCGAGCUGAGCCCAGACACACGAGCAAACUUCGAGAACUACACGGCCUUGAGAUUCUGCACUCCUGUGUAAAGCUCAUCUCCUGAAACCCUGACCGCACAUUUUAUAGUAUCCUUACUUGACAUCAGUCUUGUUUUCUUCUCUCUUCUGUUUUAGGCUUUGAUGUUCACACACCUUUGGGUAAAAACAAAAUGUAAUAAAAAAAGAAAAAGUGCCAGUCCUUGACAUAUUCAUUUUCUUUUUUUCUUUUUACAUGUUAAUGUUUAAUGUUCCUGUUUAUUUCAUUUAAUA